AUGGACCUGAAGCUACCAAAUAUUGUUCUGGACAAAGAUGGUAAUGCGGUCAUUAUUGAUAUUAGUGGUAUCGGCGGAAUAACGCAUGGAUGGCAAGCUCCAGAGAUACGUUAUGAAAUAUCACCCUUUGAUCUUCCAUUUCAAACACGUCGAUGGAAUGAUACUUGGGCCUACGGGAAGGUUCUCAAAGAAAUCACGUCAAAUUUGAAGCUCGAAGACGAUGAUUAUUUAAAUGCCCUUAGCAUGGUUGCGGAUCAUUUGACUCAAGAUAUUUCCACUCGGUGGACUCUGUCUGAAGCAAUCUCCCAGCUAAAAAUCUAUCAAACGGCGGCUGAUUCCACGGGAGAAGCAGGAAACAUAUGUGAAUGUUAG